CGUCUCGCGCCGGGUAAAAGGGAUUUGACAGUUGCAGGUCUCGAGCUGCUCCUCCAGUUGACUUCCUCAGUGGGACGGAUACUAUGGCGGCGGCGGCGGCUGCUGCCUGCGGCCAACACGGCGCUGUGAUGACGGCGACCGUUAGCGGCAAGAAGACGCUGAGUACCCGGGAACACAGCCGGAGAAACCGGGAGAACUGUCGCCGGAGACAAGCCGCUCUUUUAUUCCUCAGUAACAUCUCCCUGGACGGACGGCCGGUUCAGAGUAAUCCAGCCGAGCACGGAGGAAGCCGCAGCCACAGAGAGGGAGCCGACUCCAGCUCUGCGGCGGCCGAGCUGUGCCCGGAGCCGGGCAACAGCAGCGGCUACGGGACGUUCUCCGGUUUGGCAGCGGCCGUGAGCUGCGGGAGCGUCAAUCCCUCCCAGGCACCCAGGGCAGGACUCCUCAACAUACCGCCUAUCCUCGUCCUGCCGUCGGACGCGGGGUUCAACGACGUGGGGAGCGCGGAGGUGCUGCUGGAGUGCCGCAGAGGCUCGUUCCCUUCGCCGGGGAACACCAACCUGCUCUCGCCGUCCCCGUCCAACGGCAGCCUGCUGCCAUCGCCUCUGGGACCGCGGAAGUCCUCCACACUGCUCUCGGUCCAGAGCUGUAACUCGGUGUCUUCAGAGCCGAGACAAAGGAGUCGUAACCUCUCUGGUGGUUCUCCCAGACCUCGACACACAAAGAAGAUCCACUUCAUCAAAAACAUGAAACAGUACGACACGAGAGGCAGCAGGAUCGUGCUGAUUUGUGCGAAGAGAUCUCUCUGUGCUGCCUUCUCUGUUCUGCCCUACGGAGAAAGCUUCUACCUCAGUGACCCUACGUUAAACCACCCCAGGAGGAGGCACUCGUCGGGGAACAUCUCCACCACCCUGGAGAUGCUGCCAGGGCUGGAGGGCUUUCAGCUGGACACUUACGGCAGGUCGGUGUCAUACGCCCAGUUCCUGUACCCCACUAACGCCCUGGUGAGGCAGAAGCCGGCGUCCACCAGCGACCUGACGCUGCAGAUUCCCGUUUCCAGGAGCACGCACAGCAUGCCGGGCAGGAGCUGCCCGCCCAGCCGGCUGAACAGCACCGUGGGACUGGACCUGGGUCUGGAUGAUGUGACAGACUACGACCCGAACCUCCUCAGUGACCCCCAGUGGCCUUGUGGGAAGCACAAGCGCGUGCUGAUCUUCGCCUCCUACAUGACGACGGUGAUAGAAUACGUCAAACCGUCCGAUCUGAAGAAAGACAUGAACGAGACGUUUAAGGAGAAGUUCCCUCAUAUUAAACUCACCCUCAGCAAGAUACGCAGUCUGAAGAGAGAGAUGAGAGUCGUCGGGGAGGACUGCGGCCUGCAGCCCGUCACUAUCGCCAUGUCCUUCGUCUACUUUGAGAAGUUGGUGCUGCAGGGUCGACUCAACAAACAGAACAGGAAGUUGGUGUCGGCUGCCUGCAUCCUACUGGCUGCUAAGAUCAGCAGCGACCUCAGGAAACAGGAGGUCAAACACCUCAUUGAUAAGCUGGAGGAGCGCUUCAGGAUCAGCAGGAAGGAGCUGAUAUCGUUUGAGUUCACCAUCCUGGUUGCCCUGGAGAUGGCGCUCUACCUCCCUGAGAGCAAAGUCAUGCCACAUUACAGAAAGCUGGUGCAGCAGCAGCAGUCGUAGCAGCAGCCUCCAGCUCCUCCCAGCUCCUCCCGGCUUCUCCAGCUCCUCUCAGCUCCUCCCUGCUCCUCCCUGCUCCUCCACACUGUGACGGACGGAUGCUGGAGGCUCCAGGCUCAGAGGUAUGAAGGCAACUGAGGAAUCACAAUGCAGACACCAAAGCUGAUCCACACUGUGAAGGAAGUACGGCAGCAGGCCUGACGCCGCUUUGUUCAGAGAGCGACGCGCCUUCUCUCCUCCCUCAAACACCAAAGCGACGACACACUGUGAUCGACGGCUCAGCAGCAGCAGCGGUGCCUGGCUCAAAGGCACAGAGAGAAUCACUGAAGGCCAAAUUCAUCACGAUAUCAUGUUAAAGAAACCCUUUUUUUUUUUUUUUUUUUAUGGAAGGUUUCCCUCUGAGAUUUUAGUAAUGUCGACUUUGUUGAACAUGGCUUGUUGAGCAAGAAUAUCUGGUUGAAACAGAUCAUUUUAGGUAAAUUUGAGACUUUUGUUAAGCUGUGUUCAGCAGUUUUUGAGUCGUCCUUUCUAAGAUUUCUGCCACUGAGAAUGUGAACAACUAUUGGCCCAAAAUUCACCCUGGUCAACUGUUCUUUAAAUCGGUGGAGAGAUUUACUUCCAAAGUAAAUCUAACCAAAAGGGCAUUUUCGAACUCCAGUCAAAUUUGUGCCAUAGAUUUUUCCAAAGUUUAAUUUUCCAGAUUUUUUUUAAAAGAUUUUUUCCAGACCUCUGUGUCUCUAGUUCUCCUUAUUUGAGGUGUUUCAACUUUAGACUUCAUUGCCUUUGUUGGACAUAAAAGUUAAAAAAAACACUUUUUUAUUAAAUUGCAGACAGUCACUAAACACAACAUUUUGUGCUUAUGACAAUCAUUUUACUGCAUCUAAAAGCAUCUUAGAUCACAAGUUCUGAGUGUUUUCUGCAGCAGGAGCAAAGACAUUGCAAUUUAAAAUGAGGCCAUUAGAGGAAAAGAUCCAGCACUGUGGUGUUUCCAGUACUCUUUUGGGACAUCUCAUCCUCCAGUUAGAUUCUUCUAAUUCUUGACUCUCAUUAAUGUAACGGCAUCAGAACCUUUCUGUGUGCGGUCCUGGCUUCCAAAGUAUCAACACAACUGUUUAUUUUGAAGACAUCUACACUCCCACUCUCUGUUCUUCACUGGUCUGAUGGGGGAGCUUCACCUGUUCAUCAGCUGCUUUAUUCUUUAGACUCAUUUAGAUGUGUAAGUGCCUUGCAGGAGGACACCUGAAUAGUAGCCGUUCCUAUUCUGUCUAUCCUUGAAUCUAGGAAUUCAAACGAGGAACUCUGUGUUUUGACCUUUCAUGUGCUCUCAUGUUGUCGUCCCUCUUCCUUGCUGGUUUGAUGCCAGCGAUGAGCAGGCUGUGGCUCCCUCUGGUGGCCACAGAGAGGCAGUGCAUCCUGUGAUUCGGGGGAAGCAUUAGGUAUCUGUGAAACUGAUGAAACCAUCACUGUUGUCAUUGUCUCUGCAGCAGCGAUGGCUUCCUUUGUUGUCGUUUCACUGUGGCGUCUUGCAAAAUUAAUCUCUGAUUCUAUGAGAUCACAUAAACACUGUGCCCCAUUUCUAGGAUGGUCAGCCUGUAACAAAGGCUUCUUCACAUGCAGCAUUAAUUUGCAUACAACCGGCGAUUACUUCUGAGGAUCUUUUAAUGUCCCGAAGAGAUGGAAAUCAUUUUGAUAUCAUGUUGAAUCAUUCAUGCAGCAGCAGCAGCACUGUGAUUUUGUUCAGAUAAAAACUAAUAAUCAGUCCCUAAAUACUACUUUAUAGAUUUAAUAUAUCAACAUGUGUCUGGUGUUCAGUUUUAGAUGUUACAUUAAGGCAAAAGCUGAAAAAAAAAGUUGAUCAACGGUAUAAUAAUCAGGAUAUAUUCUGCUUAUUGCUCAUUGCUUUUUUGAAGCAAAAAUACCCAAAAUUCACAGAUUCCAGCUUCUCAAAUGUGAACAAUUGCUGGUUUGUUAAUGAUGUUUAUCUAAUAUAAUAAUAUGUUAACUUUGACUUGAGGAACAGUGAGGGGCACUUUCCCUCGUUUCUGACCAUUUAUAGAACAAAUAAUCAAGAAAAUAAACUCACUGAUAAUGAAUUAAGAUGAAUUAAAACACCAGCGGCUGUGAAAGCAGAUGAGUGAAACUCCGCCUCACAUACGGUACACUUUUGACAAUGUUGUUUUUUUUUAACAGGCCGAAAACUAAAGCUUCUUAAGAUGAACAGCAAACACAUUAUUCAUGUUUUCUUGGAAGGAACUCACUGUGGCUCCAGACUUUCUCAUUCUGUCUGCACUGUGAAGCAACAUCAGCUACCAAAAAGACCUUUCUGUUCAUGACCAACUACCUUAGAAAAACUGCUUUUCCCUCCGAUAUUAUUUAUUCUGUUCUUACUGUAUCAUAAAGGGACAAAUAUUUAACCAAACAGAGGCCUCUAGCCGGGUGUUUGUGCCAGUUUCUCGUCCAUGUUGGAACAUUUUACCUGCUUUACCCCAAAACAAAGUGUUUUCUCUUUUCUUUUUUGACCGUUGGAUGGACCGCAGCACAAACACUUCCUGUAGGACCUCUGUUGUUUUUGCACUUUGCCUUUUUUGCUUCUCAAUCCUGAAUCUUUAUUUUAUCACGAAGUAACAAGGGAAAUAAUAAUAUUUUUCUACAUUAAAUGUGUAAAGUACGUUAUUGUAUUAUUGUAUAUUGAGAACUGACUGAUGUAUUUAUUGCUAACAAUCCUCCAGAUGAAGAAUAGUGUUUUAAUGUAGCUUUUUGGAUUUAAAACAAGAUUCUUUGUCUUGAGGUUUCACACCACUGUUCUUCCACUGAUGUUAUUUUCUCUCGUUGUGUUUUGGAGUCUGGGUUCUUCUGCGCUGCAGAGUUGGAGCAGGAGAGCCGACGGCUUCCACUCAGAGUGAAGUCGAUGUGUUUAACGUCAUUUUGUUGCGGAAAAUGUCGGCUUCAAAUCAGCUUGUUCUGUUUCAAACUACAAGUAUUCACAGCCAAAAGUUAGGCCUUGUGUUGAGUUCAUGUUUCAGAUUUGGCAGUUCAGGUCCUAAAGAAUUAGGUUGGGAAUAUUUUAUUAUAAGCCUCUCCUGUCCUCUCCUCUCUGCUCUGUGUAAACAGAUUUUCAGUGAAUAUUUGUCACGUGACCUUUGGUCUCAGCAGAAUCAAUCAUGGCUUCAGUGUCUCUGAGGAGCAGAAUUUAAUGUUUUUAACAGGAUCUGGUUAGUGCAAACGCUUUAUUUUAAAUGAGACGUGUAGAAUUAAGUGAUUCUGAUAGAAAUAUCACAAUUUUAAACUUCAUUUGUGUGUUCAAGGACUGUUGGGAAGUUCAAAUUCAGAUCAUAAUGCCUUUUUUUUACAGUUUCUUUCUAUGAUAAACAGUGUAUUUUGGGUGAUAUUUUAAAGUAGUUAGGAACGGAAAAAAAAUAUGGUUUUUGGGUCUCAGUUUUCUCUCCUGCUCCAAUUAAAAGUGGUAAAGAAGAACUUGCGCUUCCCAGUUUGCACUGAGACACUCGAGAGCAGAGUCACGUAUUUUAAACUUUAUGACAUUUUCAAGAAAGUAAAAAGUACAUAUUGGCAAUAAACAGCAGGGCUUCCUUUUGUUAAAGUGGAUGAAAUAUGAAAGAUGGGGGGUAAAAAACACUGUUAUUCAAUAACUUUGUUAAAUAUAAGACUCUGCUCGAGAGUAGAAACAGCACACGAUCUUCCAGUCGUCUUCUCUACAUUAGAGAUUUGUGAUAUUUUGAGUCUAUGCAGCUUUUAUUGUGUCCUCAGUGUGUUUACCUGUUACGUGCCACAGCAUUUAUUAUCUCCUUGUUUAAACUCAUGUUGUGUUUAGUUUAUUGUUUUGUAUCAAGUUAUUAUUUUAUUCUUCUUUGUUAAAGGCUGUAAAAGGGAAAUAUUAACCCAGAGUUUGUCUUCCGUUUAUAAUUAUUGUUUUUACAAUUUCUAAGUUAAGUUAAUUCGAUUUUUGUAUGUUUUUUAUUUGUACUUUAUGGACAUGGACGAGCCAUGCAGCAGUUUCGAGGCAUGACAUGAAGUUAAUCUGUGGAAAUAUUAUUUAUGUUGUUUUGGGUUCAGCUGUUGUUUCCACACAUGGUGAUACAGAUUUUAAAAAAAAAACAGGUUAGCAUCAUUGAUUUGUGACAAAUAAGUGGUAAAUAUAUUUUGUAGCGUGAAGUUUCUUGUACCGGCUGCUCUGUCAGCAGCUGUUGUUUGUUGUGUAGUCAGUUACACUACGGGACAGUUUGGUAUGGAGACUAUUGGAUGAAAUAUUUAUGAGAAAUAUUUUGUAAAAGAUAAAGACCACAUACUGUUUAAACUGCCAAUGUUCAAUUCAUGUCAAGUUUAUUUUGAUUAAAAAUAUGUAAACUACU